CGGUGGGCGCACAGCACAGUCUGAGGGGAGACGCUUUGACCAAAAUAACGCAGGAGACGUCAGCACCAGCUUCCAAAAAAAGAUGCCGCUUUCUGGCUCUACAUCCUCCGCAAAGACCAUCCGCAGAGCUGCAUCCGAGCUGGAGAGGUCAGACUCAAUAACGUCUCCAAAAUUCGUCGGGAGGCGACAAAGUUUAAUUGAAGACGCGCGCAAGGAGAGGGAAGCGGCGGCGGCGGCGGCGGCUGCGGAGGCUGCAGAAGCCAGCGAACACAUCGUGUUUGAAGAAAACGACGGCAAAGCGCUUCUCAACAUCUUCUUUACUUUAAAAGGCUCCAAGACACCUUCAUUGUCCAGGACUCUCAAAGUUUUUGAGACGUUUGAGGCUACAAUUCACCAUGUGGAGACACGGCCGUGCCGGAAGCUCAAGGACAACCUGCAGGGUCUGGAGUACUUUGUACGCUGUGAGGUUCACCUAUCAGAUGUAAAUACGCUCAUCAGCUCCAUCAAGAGGAAUGCAGAGGAUGUUAAAACCACCAAAGAAGUCAAAUUUCAUUGGUUUCCAAGGAAAAUUGCAGAUUUGGACAAAUGCCACCAUUUGAUCACAAAGUUUGAUCCAGAUCUAGAUCUUGAUCACCCUGGAUACCAGGACCCUGCCUAUAGACAGAGGAGGAAAAUGAUUGGAGCAAUUGCCUUCACAUACAAACAUGGGGAGCCAAUUCCUAGAAUAGAAUACACAGAGGAGGAGAUUGGCACAUGGAGGGAAGUCUACUCCACUUUGAGGGACUUAUAUCACACCCACGCCUGCAGUGAACACCUCGAGGCCUUCUCUCUGCUAGAAAAACACUGCGGGUACAGUCCAAACAACAUCCCCCAGUUGGAAGACGUCUCAAGCUUCCUUAAAGAACGCACAGGAUUCACGCUGCGUCCAGUUGCAGGUUUGCUCUCAGCCAGAGAUUUCCUGGCCAGUCUAGCAUUCCGGGUUUUCCAGUGCACCCAGUACAUCCGCCAUUCCUCCUCUCCAAUGCACUCUCCAGAACCUGACUGUGUCCAUGAACUUUUGGGCCAUGUCCCCAUGCUUGCUGACCACACUUUUGCCCAGUUCUCACAGGAGAUUGGUUUGUCUUCACUGGGGGCAUCAGAUGAAGACAUUGAGAAACUGUCUACACUGUAUUGGUUCACUAUAGAGUAUGGAUUAUGUAAGCAGAAUGGAGAGUUGAAGGCUUAUGGAGCUGGACUGCUUUCAUCUUAUGGAGAACUUGUGCACUCACUCUCUGAUGAACCAGAGAUUAGAGAGUUUGAACCCAAGGCUGCAGCGGUGCAGCCCUAUCAAGACCAGACGUACCAGCCCGUCUACUUUGUUUCUGAGAGUUUUUCAAACGCCAAAGAGAAAUUCAGGGCUUAUGUAGCCACUAUCAAGCGUCCAUUCUGUGUCCGGUUUGAUCCAUACACCAGCAGCAUUGAGGUCCUGGACAACCCCGUGAAGAUCAAAAGCUGCCUGGAAUAUUUGAAAGAUGAGCUGAAGAUGCUGGCAGAUGCUCUCAGCAUUAUGUCCUAGAAGAAAGAAUAAUUUGUCGGCACCCUGUGUUUUCCUGAAUUAUCAUGUUUACCUUUGUGUGCUGUACAUGCAGUAUGAUUCUGUUUAUAAUGAGGU